AUGUUCUACUCCCUAGACAUGUCGAGAGGAAAGCCAAUCUAUGUUGUUGAGCCAAUGGGAUCCAGGGAUGAUCGAGAUUUAUAUCAGGCGAGAGAAAUUCACUUGGAAGACGGGCUGAAGAACAAAUGGGUUGUACCCAUUGCAAUUGCAGGAAUAUCGAGAAAAGGGAAAUCCUUCAUGAUGAAUCUCCUUCUCCGAUACCUGGAGGAGAUAUUUGCAGAGUAUGGCAAGCAGUGUCAUGCGAGUGGCGAUAAACCAUUCCAGAAACUCCUGUUUCUCGUUCGGGACUGGAAAAACUCUCACGAGUAUGACUAUGGCAUCGACGGAGGGAAGAAUUAUUUAGAGAGACAGUUCGAGAAGAUCGAGAAGGGAGAUAAGAACACUGAAUUCAGAAAGAACCUGGAAUCCUUGUUUUCUGUCACUCAGUGUUUACUCAUGCCCAAGCCGGGGGAUAAGUACGGAGAAGCGAAAUUUGACGAUUCUCAGUUAUCAGCUUUGAAUGAGGAUUUCAAGACGCACCUGAUGGACUUGGUCGAGGAGCUUUUCUCCCCAGAAAAAUUAAUCCCAAAGGAAAUCGGGGGCCGGAAAGUAACAUUCCAGGAAUAUCUGUGUCAAAUCAAAACCUAUGUUGAUACUUUCAACUCGGCGGACAGCAGCUUUCGUACUCGGAGCCUUUACCAGGUACACAAGGAAUUCCGUUACCUGAAGGCUGUCGAGGAGGUUGACUGUUGGUUCAAAAGCCAAAUGGAAGGAUUCCUCAAAAACCACACCCUGGAUGAGGCACUCAUGGAGAUUGAAAGAUACAUUGCAGCAGCACUUGAGAAGUUUGCAGAGAAGAUGGGUCGAAAGAAGGACGAGAUGCACAUCAAAUACGAAAAGAAAUUGAAGAAGAUGCUUAGUAAGCAGAAAGAAGAAAUUGAAGUCUGGAGGGAGCAACAAGAAAGAGAGAGAAAACACCAAGAACAACUGAAAGAGAGGGAGAGAAGAAUACAAGAACAGAAGGAAAGAGAGAGAGUGCUCCAACAGGAAAAAAAGGAAAGAGAAAGAAUGCUUCAAGAAGAAAGAAAGGAAAGAGAGAGAAUGUUAGAAGUACAGAUGGAAAGAGAGAAAAGACUCCAAGAAGAACAAAAGGAAAGAGAGAGAUUACACCAAGAAGAAAUGAAGGAAAAAGAGAGAUUAUACCAAGAAGAACUGAAGGAAAAAGAGAGAAAACUUCAGAAAAAAUUGAAAAGAGAGAGAUACCUCAGGGAACAACUAGAAGAAAGCGAGAGAAAACAAAGGGAAUUGGAGGAAAUAGAGAGAAAACUCCGUGAACAACUGGAGGAAAGGAGAAAGAAUGCCAGCAGCUGGAAAGGAUACCUUACUGCUGCGUGCAUGGCUGCAGCUCCACUUACUGAGGGUCUUUCUUUGUCGAUGCUGCCACUGCUUGCGCAUUCAGAUGCAGUGGACGAUUCUGCAUUUAAUGCAGCUGCUGCAUCCACUAGAGCGGCUGCAAAUUCUUCCGCUGCUGCUCGCAGGGCCUUGAAUGCAUUCUUGUCUGCAGAAGAUGAUGAUGAUUCAGAUUAA